CCUCACACACAUUAUUUCUCUCAGUCUGGCUCACUGUUGCGCCUGCACUCACAAGGUGAAGUCCUCUUUAUUUUCAGUAUCAGAAAGACACCAUCAGUUUGCUGCAAACACUGGUAGGACGUCUGCGAGUUGCUUGACAAGUGUCCAGAUCAUCUGAAGCUUUUUGAGGAGGUCCUUCUUCCAGCAUUCCUCCCCUUGUGAACAGCACAACACAGUCUGGUGGUUAAUAAGUGAAGAUGUCUCUCCCGUUGUCAGUGCUGAUAUGUUUGUCAGUUGUCCAGCUAUGUGUGGGAGAGCCCGUGGAGGAAGUCAUCACAACAAAAAAAGUGCUCCUGGGUGGCUGGUCUGAGAGGAGUCCGGAGGCAGCCGAUGUUAAGAUGGCAACCCAGCAUGCUGUGAAGAUGUUCAACACACACUCCAAAAGCAAGAAGAUGUUCAAACUGGUCUCCAUAAACGCUGCUGAGAGUCAGGUGACACGUAUGAUCAACUUUAAGAUUGAUGCAGUCCUGGGAAAAACCAAAUGUCUCAAGACUGAAAACCAUGCCUUGGACAGCUGCAGUUUUGAGAAAAAGAAAGUGAAGUGCUACUUUGAGGUGACUCUCAACCCCAUCAACAACAAACAUGAGCUGCAGGGUCACAGGUGCAGGAAGCUUCCUUCUUUGUAGUUGAGCUUUAUAGCUUUGACUACCUUGUUACAUUUUGAUACAAUCUUUUUCUUUCUGAAUAAAUGUUUUGCAGCUGCUUUUUAAGCGGUGGAUGUGUGGAAUGAUAGACGAUAUGACAGACUUAUAACAACGACACAUUGUGGUUUCAACAAAAUUAGUUUGGAAAAAAUGGCCAACAGCAGAUGUUGAUUUUUGUUGAUGUUGUGAAAAUGAUCUGGGGCUUGAGGUUUAUUUUUAUUCUUAUUUUGUAUACUGACACUUGACAAUAUGGCUUAAUAAUUGAAAUCCGGUAAAAAAGACUCAUUUGGAUAUUAAUACUUACUGAAUUGGUGCUAUUUCUAUAUAAUUGAAUCAAUAAUAUGAUUGCAUACAAUUGCCACUCAUGAAGUUUUGGAGAUACAGUAUCUUGUGAAAGCAGAUUUGUAUUAAUUUGUUUCUUUCAAAUGUCUGAAAAGAAUGAUAAGAGAUUAGUCAUAACAAAGAACCCAGCCCAUGUUCGUCCUGCAUUGUGACUUCAGAGCAUUAAUCUGUUCUCAAAAUUCAAGCAUGGCAUGGCAUGCAUGAUAUGAGUUUGAAUGUCUCCUUUAUGAACUUUUUUCUCCAGCUCUCUCCAGAAAUGCCUUCCUUUCAAGUAGAAAGGCCUUAAAAAUAAAUUUCAAUGCAAAAAUGAAUUCCAAUGCAAAUUUCAAUGCAUUUCAAUGAAUGUAAGACAAUGGAUUAAAUGGUGUAUUUACUGA